AGUGCCCUGCUGGGGACAGCCCUGCGGGGGCAGCUCUGCGAGAGGCACCGCCAUGGCCCGGCAGGAGCGGGAGAAGAGCGUGGUGGAGCAGAAGGUAGCUGGCAUCUCCCGGAGGUUCUCCUUCCUGGAUGCCGCCCAGCCCCGAGCGGGCGGCCUGGCCCGCAGCUCCCAUCUCUGGUCAGCCACCCUGGGGAGCAGGGAGCGUUUCCAUACGCUGCAGAAGAUGGACACCAACAAAAGCAUCAACUGGGGCAGGCACAGCCUGGGGAGCUGGGGCAGGACUUCAGGCAGGUUCUCCGUUAGCCCCAGCAGUACCCGGAGGAAGGAGCUGAAAGAAAUCCUCCUGCAGAGCAACAGCCCUGGCAGCACUAUGCGGUUUGCCACUGUUCAGCAGACAUCUAGAAGGAGCGGUCUUCCUUCAGGGCUGCAUCAAGAAGAGAAGCCUGAGCAGAGCCCUGAUCUGCUGCCCCUUGUCCUUGAUCCUCUGGAGCACGCAUGGCUGCUGACAGUGGCCGAGGGUGAUGCAGACAGCAUCAUCAAGCUGCUGGACCUGGAUCCCAGCCUGCUGACCAGGAGAGACUUUGUGACAGGAUUCACCGCUCUCCACUGGCUUGCCAAGCAUGGCCACCAUGAGAGCUUCAUCCAGGUCAUCUCCCAUGCCCAGAAGAAAGGCUAUCCUGUCAACAUGAACAUCCCCACAGCCAGCGGUGGGCUCACCCCUUUGCACCUGGCUGCCUUGCAAGGACACGAGGUGCUCAUCAAGUUGCUGGUGGGAGCUUAUGGGGCAGACACCACCUGCAGGGACCACAAUGGGCGCAAGGCUUGGCAAUACCUGCCGGCAAACACCUCCAGAGACCUGAAGGAGCUGGCAGGGGCCUUGGAGGAGGACUUGGUCCAGCUGCACUCUCACAACACCAACAACAACUGUAAGUCAUCCAGAGAGGCUGGGGCAGGGCAGGACUCUGUGGACUCUGGGGCCAAGGGAAAAGCCGAGCACUCCUGGAGCCUGUCGACCCUCCGAGGCUUUGUUAGACAGGCAUUUGCUUUCUUCCAUGAGCACUGAAGCUCUCCUGGCUCCAUUCACCAGUAAACCCAUGCUGGAUGGCAGCUGGAAAAGCCUGCAGGGAGCUGGGAACUUGGGUGCCCAAAAUCCUGGCCAAGUGAGGGUUAAGCCAUGGCACCAUGGCCACCCUAGGUCUUGUGGUCUUUGAGAGCUGUUCUGGUGUGUGUGUGUAACACCAUGGCCACUGGGAGCAGUAGCUUGGGAGAGCCCUUCCGAAAACUGCAGAGGGGGUUAUGCCCCA